AUGCCAAAAGUAAAGUCUGACAAGAAACCCGCGAACAUCGUUACCUCUAAUCUUAACAAUACCACUACCCCCGUCGUCAUCAAUUACCCUCCUCUUCAACCCGCACCCCCGAUCGCCUUGGUAUCUCCUACCAAAUCUGACUCGAUGUCUCUCGCUCAUCCUGGUGGUGCGUUACUGUUUCAAAAACAACGUCUUAAUGAAGAGGAACAUUCCUUACUUCAAAAUCCACCAUAUCAACUUACGCUUAGUUUGAGUGAACUUCUUUCUCCAGCUAGAAAGAAUCGUAAAAAUAAGUCCAAACCAGAAAAUAAAAUCCCUAGACCUCAAAAUGCUUGGGUUCUAUUUAGAAAAGAUUAUGAAGCUAAUCAACGCAUGCGCUUUCCCGAUAAGGCAUUAAAAAUGAAGAAUGUCUCUACCGAUGCUGGUGAUGUCUGGAGAAAUCAACCGUCAAAAGUUAAAAGAUUCUUUGAAAUUCUCUCUAGACUCGCACAUGAACAACAUAAAGCAUUAUAUCCUGGUUACAAGUACACACCAAAGAAAAAAGUUCCAAAGGAAAACAACAAAGAUUGGAUCUUUCAUGAUAGCGUUAAACAAGCGAACGAUACCCAAGCCUUGGGUGGUAUCCCUGUUGCUAACAAUACUGUCACAUCCGAUGUAGCUGUGCGACAAAUUGAGACACCUGUUAAAACAUCGCCUCAUUACGAUUCUUCGCCGUUAUCGUCGCCGUUAUCAUCUACGACAUCUUCAAUGUCACCGGAUUGUUCUUCUCCAAUAUUCAUUAAUUCUCCUACUUCUCCUGUUGAUAGUUUUGUUAGUCCUUCACCUUGUGACAUGGGAUUUUUAUUUUCUUCUACACCUCAACCUUUUCCGCAUGUUGAUUACGCUACCGUUGACGCAGGUCCGUCAACUUUUGGUAGUACACGGGAUGGUGAUGAUCUCUUUAUUCUUGGAGGGUACGAUUUUAGAAACGCCGAUUACGAAACUUUUCAGCAACUCAUUCAACUCGCACAAUCUGUUCUCGAUAAUUCACCAGUUGUUUACAAAAAAGAAAUUGAAUCUAAUACAGAAAAUAACAUUAAAACUACCAAAGAUAAUUUAGCUCAACGCGUAAAAUCCGACACGGACAUUUAUAUUAACCCAAAUGCGAAUAUGACAAUGCUUAACGGCACCGUUUCUGCUGAAGUAAACCAUAAUUUCGAAAACUAUUGGCAAUCUACUAGUACUUCGAUAGACACCAACUUUUCCGAUUCGUUUAAUGGAAAUAUUACUACAACUGCGUCCUCAAUUCAGCAAGUUUCUCAAAUCUCUAUUUCGACUUCGCAGCUCCCGGCAAGUAUUCCAGAUUAUUUGAUUGAUGAAUACGAUACUGCCUUUUUUGCUGGAAACUUUUCAGGUGUCCAGAUCGAUUCACUUUUUGACACAACUACUUCAUUCUUUUAA